GAUCGUGUUUAUCGAAUGUAACAGAUCAAACCAUGCGGUGGGCUGUACCACUGGUAGUGCUCGUGUUGGGUGCUUGUGCCCAAGAGAAAUCAACGCCGAAACCGGUGGGUGUAGUGUAUUUUAUUAGUUUUAUAAAUGAACCCAAAGAUGAACCCGAAUCGAUAGAAGGAAUCAGUAACGAAAUCCCGGAAAAUUCUGAUAAGAAAAUCCAACACGGAAUUUUGUUGGUACAACCGAUUCCGGACACUGAAGCUCUGAGUGAUGGGGUGUACUUCCGACCUGUUGAUGGAAAACCUCUGGAUAAACCAGAAGAACUUACAACACUUUCGCGCCAAAGACGUACGACUUAUGGUAAAGGUUCCUACGGUAAAGGAGGCGGCGGCGGAGGCGGAUUUGGCGGUGGAUUUGGAGGAGGAUUUGGAGGCGGCGGUGGAGGAGGCGGAGGCGGAGGAGGUGGUUUCGGAGGCGGCGGAGGUCUUGGUGGUGGUGGACUCUUAGCUGGACUUUUAAGUAAAGGCUUAGGAGGCGGUAGUGGCGGCGGCGGUGGAUUUGGAGGAGGCGGCGGUUUAGGAGGUGGCGGCGGCCAUGGCGGAGCUGGAGGCAUCGGAGGCGGACAUAGUGGCGGCUUCGGGGGAGCGGGAGGAAUUGGAGGUGGACACAGCGGCGGCUAUGGAGGCACGGGAGGACUUGGUGGCGGAUAUGGAGGAUCUGGAGGCGGUGGAGGCGGCCAUGGGGCAAGUUUAGGAGGAGGUGGCUCUGGUGGAUAUGGUAGCGGUGGCGGCGGUAUUUGCCACACCUGUGGAGGUGGCGGUGGUGGCUAUCCCAGCGGCGGUGGCGGUUUUGGAGGCGGUGGGGGUCAUGGAUCGAGCGGCUCAUGGAGUCAAUCAUCGUCGUCUGCAGGAAGUUGGGGCAGUGGGGGCGGCGGUGGCUAUGGAAAAGGAAAAUACGGAAAAUAACCAAAUCGGAACUUUCACACGUGUAACAUUGCCGAAAUAAAGCAUUAAGAAAA